AGGAUUAAAAGGCGGAUGUUGUAUUGUUUACUUCCGUUAUCGCAUCGUCUCCAAUGAAAUCCUGGAGGAGAACGUCUAACCCGAAUCAUCUAACCUGACUCAUUUUACCCGACUCAUCCAUUUCGACUCAUCUCACCCAAUCCAUUGGUCUCACUCAGCGUUGCGUGGAGCAUGUGUUCAGAUUGAGGUCACGUGAAGGAUCCUGGUCGGGGUCCAACAUGGACGUGAGCAUCGCGGUGUCGCUGAUCCGGGGCCAGAUGGGCACGGUGGUGGAGCAAGCGGUGAAUGGGGCAGUUGAGACGGUCCUGGCUGAAAUGCUGCGCAUCGUGGGAGUGAAGUUCGAGGAGCUGAAGGCCCAGGUCGCCACCCUGCAGCGGGACAAGGCGGCAGUGCAGCGGGAGAAGUCUCUGAAGGAGAAGGAAAACGACAAGAUAAGGGCCAUGCUGAGGUACACAGAGCUCAAGCUGAAGUACUACCGCCAGGGGGUUGAGGAAGAGAUCCAACAAAGGGCCACUACCUCGUCUCACCCAAGCAGCCAGAAUGCCUCUCCAUCCUCCACGGCCCGGGGCCUGGAGCCGCCGCCCGGGGAGACGGGGCCCGGCUCCGGGCUGCUUGACCGGACCGCCUCGGAGAACAGCCAAGUAAUCCCCGCCUCCCAGAGUGGCAGUCGGCCCAUGGUCAGAGUUAGCCACCAAUCAGAUGAAGGAUCUGAGGUUACUGAGCUGACCAACCAGACUGACCAAUCAGAUGCCCUGCCUGACGGGCUGCUGGGAUAUGGUGGCUCUGGCCAGGAACAUGGCUCAGAGGACCUGCAUUAUUCUGGGGAUGGACAUGCUUCUGUUCAUGAAAAAGAGGAGGAGGAGGACGGGGAUUGGAUAAUCAGCCUGCAGUCAGGUAUGCAGAGCGCGGCUCCAUCUGCUGGCCAUGCCCCCUUCCCAGCAGACAGCUCAACCCUGCCCUGCUCCACCCCACCUGUUCAGGUGAAGGAGGAGUUUCCUACCUUUCAGGAGGUGUUGUCCAUAAAGGAGGAGCCGGAGGAAGAACAGGUGGGCACUCUGCUGCUGGACUGCCAGGGUAGACCAGCUCACCUCCUGGGGCCAGAGGGUCAGCAGUCAGAAUUCUCUGGAGGCUCGAUGAUGCAGAGGAACCUUCCUGGCCACAUGGCUCAUGGUUUUAACUUCCCAGGGUCCACUUCCUGUAAUGACAACAAUCUGGUGGUCAGUAGAUUGUCAGCCCAAGCAGAGAUGUUUUUAGCCUCUGAGCAGAAACAGUUUGGGGAGCAUCAAGGUGUUUCUGAAGACCCGAUCCUGGGAAUGGGAGAGAACCUUCGCCCCUUCAGCCUGAAGUUGGACCAGGGGGGGGGUCCUUCUCUAGAAGACCCUCUCAAAGGCUUCCUCAGUACCACGCCAGAGACCACCCAGGACCAGGACAAAACCCAAUACCAAACCAGCAUCCAUGAGAGAAAGAACUUCUGCCUGGUGUGCGGGAAGCCUCAGGUCAAGCUGGCGCGCCACCUGAAGGUCCACAAAGGACACCCAGAGAUUGCCCUGGUGCUCGGCCUCAAACCGUCGUGUCAGAAACGGAAGGUGCUGCUGGAGCAGCUGAGGAAUCGGGGCAACUUCUUGCACAACAGUAGGGUGGUAGCCGGGGGCGCGGGGCUGCUGAAAGUCAAGCGGAGACCAAAGGAAGGGCGGACCAGGAGCUACGGCUGCUGUCGGUUCUGCCACGGCUCCUUCGUCAGUACGGACCUCUGGCGCCAUCUGAUGAGGUGUCCCUGUAGGAAGAACACUUGACAUGAGCUCUGACGCUCAUCUCCAAAUGACGAAAUAGUCAAAAAUAUUGUGGUGCCAAAACUAGAUAAACCUAGCCAUGAGACCAUCCUGAUCACGUGACAUCCCAUGAGCUAUGCUACACAGACCAAUAUGGACUUCCGCCCACAUUGAUUUCCUGAAACCACAAUGUAAUCGGGCCGAUCAAGGUGUCGUAUAGGGUGGUUUGAACCAAAUUCGGUAGUCUAGUGCAAAAAAAAGAAAUGCCUUUCGCAGGUGCAUUUAUUUAUUUAUUUUUAAUGUGUGCUAACAAAAGCGAUUUCCAUCCUUCUGCUUAGCCUAGAAAGCUUUUGUCACAUCAUGCCUGAUGAACAAUAAACUUUUCACACCUUAAAGUUAACGUCAGCCGCGAUGCGAAUGUGCAGCGUAUUGCCACUGCAUAAGUGAAAAGAUGGCACACUCGACCUAUAAACUAUACUUUUAUAGGUUGCUGGUAUAACCUAUAUACCUGCCUAUAGCCUUGUGAAGACAGGCUUUAUAUCUGAAUAUCGGAUUUAAUUAGACGGUUGAAUUUUACUGGGAGAUUUACUUUUAUUUAAUAAUUUUAAUUCCAACGUAACAUAGUGUAGCGAAUGGAUUCAUGGAUAAGGGGGAUUAUGAUGAGUGCAUUCUUUAAUUUAUCCAUGCUUUAAGACGUUUUUUGAGGUUUCCCUUUUCACAGUGGUGGACAGUAACAAAGUAAUUUGUUACUGUACUUAAGUUACUUUUUAGCUUAUCUGUACUUUACUUGAGUGUGAUUCUUUUCUGAGACUUUAUACUUUUACCCAAAGACAUUUCGUAGGGGAAAAUCUUACUUUUUACUCCACUACAUUCCAAAAACCUGUCGUUCCUUUCAACGUUCCUUUCCACGACAUGCAUGCAUGACUAAAGACACAGCUAACCAUUGCGGACAUCGUGGACCCUAAACAACAUCAAUAUACAACACCUAGAAACACCAUGUCAAGCCUAAAGGGUUACGUUAAAAUUAUUAAUCGUUUGAAAUACGAUUGUUGUAUAUCGGGCAUUUAUCUGUGGGGACUCCCGUUUAUAUGGCUAGAGGCUAGUUACUUUCUACAUAUCCAGGUGUACUCCAGGUAGAAGCUAAAUGCGAAAAACAAUGCUUGCCUGUCCAAUAGUAAUUAGGGGCGACGGAGGGCCAUCAGAUCUGUCACUCAAACCUCUACCACCUAAACAGUUUGAUAUGCCCUGCUCGCGGAAGGUUACCGUAAGCCGUCCACGAGCCGGGCAUAUCAAACUGUUUAUUGCCCUGCCUCUCGGUGAUUAUUCCUUACUUGUAGUUCUACAUAAAUGUAAGAUCAUUUUAUGCAUGAAUAUUUUGAGGAUUGUUUUAGCUCAUGUACCAAACAUACAUUGUCUGUGGCUGUGUCACACACACACACACGCACUCUAUUUAACAUUUCUUUACAUCUAUGUGGCUUUACUAAAACAUAUUUUCAACCUCACUUUGCGCUUCAGCCAACGCACAUUCUGCAGGAAAUGCAUUUUCUAGUUUCCAUUGAUAUCACUAUCAGAUAACACAAAUAGAAAACAUUGUAUUGAGAGUUUUUUUAUUUGACUGUGUAUAAAGGACAUGGCAAGACAUUGGAACUACAUUACACCAAACUACUUUUGAUACUUAAGUACAUUUGAGCCUAGUACUUUUAUACUUUUACUUAAGUCCUUCCACUUUUACUGGAGUAAUAUUUUACACUAGGUAUUUCAACUUUUACUUAAAGGUUGGGUAUGGGAUUUGCGAAACGGCAGCAGAUUUUGAAAUCGCAUAACUCAAAUGGUCCUACCCCCUCUCCUUCAACGCUGACUCUGACUCCACCCAUUCCAAGUACAUGGACGCGCAAUCAUCAACGAGCGCGAACACAGAUGCGCGAGAGCGAGCCAGACUAGUUAGGUUGGAGUUUAGGGUUGUCUUCUAGGUCCAAAUGUGGAUUACCUAGUUAGCUAGCUGCAGUAGCUACCGCAGGAUAACAACAAACAGAAGCUUGCUCUGGGUCAUGAGCUUUGAGUACGUGCACAAA